AUGGCCGAGCUGGCGGAAGAUCUUUUAGCGAUUGACCCGAUGUCUCCUGAGACUAGAGCUGCCUUCAUGCGCGUCUAUAACGCCGAUCCUGAUGAGGAUGAAGAUGCUGUUGAUUCUGUCCGCGGUAUCAUGGGGGAAAUCGCGUCAAUGACUCAUGAACCUAGGUGGAGGUUGGCAGAUAUCCAUAUUUACUGUGAUGGCGAUAGACGCUGGACUCUGGCACACGAUCGAACUGAGUUCCCGAGGCACAAGCUGCAGGAAUGGUUCCCUAACGGACCCGACCCGGAAGACGUGGAACUAUCAACCGGUGCGUAUGGUUGGAGUAACAUCAUUAGAAAACAGACAGUCGAUGCGCUCCUCAAUGCGGAUAAUUAUGCUCACUUUGGCAUGCUCGCCCUGUUGGACUCAUUGAAUUACAAGCUCCAUCCGAAUCCCACACAAGCCGCAGCUGGUGUCCUGGUACCGAAGCGUUCCCGUUGGUAA